GUGCGGAAAUAGACUAAGUACAAGCACUCUGAUUGUAUUUAGGCAUAUUUUUAGAUUAAAAAGAGUAUUUUGUCCGUAUCUGCUACUGUCCUUGAGCUUCAGUGAAAGAACAUUGAGUACAAAACUAUAAAUACCAUCCUGCCAUCCUAUUCCCGCUUGUUUUUCAUGGGUAAUGUAGUUCAUGGCUGUCAUUGCUGGAAAACGUGACGUGCGGUACUUCGCUUUUCUUUUUGGCACCAACCGACUCGGGACCGCAUUAGUUCAUACAUCAUAAUUCUGCAGUCUGUUACAAGUGCGAUUGUUUACUGAAUGAUCAGAGAGAUUCCCUUUUCGUCUUCAAGUUUGUGGUAAUGGAAGAACGAUGUGCUGUUGAGACUUGGGCUGAAUUUGGGUUUUUGGAAACAUUAAAUACACCGAAUAUCAAGUAUGGUGUUGGGACAGAUGUUUUCGUCUGUACUGGAAGCGACGAGGUGUAUAUCUUCAGUGCUCACGAGAGAAAGCUCAUGGGUGUCCUCCAGUUUCCUGGUCCUGUGAGUGAUCUGGUUGAGAACCAUGAUAAGCAGCUCAUCUUUGUGGCAUGCAGGAGUGGAGUUUAUUGUGUCAGCUUUCAUUCUCUGCUGCCCAGGUCUCAAGUACCCUCAGCUUGUGCAUUCCCUAGUCCAACUGUGCUGAAAAUCUCCACUGAGUUUCUUGUUGUUGGCACAGAUGGAGCGUCUGCUCUGCUCCUCAUUGGUUCUGUGCUCCUAGGCCUUUGCCAGAGAGAUGGAUCCUGGUUGUUGACCUUGUAUAAAACACCACAACAAACACAAUCCAAACACAGUGCAUAUGAGGUGCUUAGUUCAUUCAGUCUUCCGCUGGUCUUACCUGUUGUACAGGGCACCACUGAAUCAAAGACUGGCCUGACAAGGACUCCUGUACUGGUUUGUGUCCAUUCUGGUGACAUGACACAAUCCUCUUUUGAUGCUGCUUCAGCUCAUGCCCACUUCCAACUCGAGCCUGUUCUCUUCAAACUUUUGUUUGGGGUUGAAGCUGCUCUCGCCAAAUCACCCGUUGUCCUUUGCGGUUUGCCAGAUGGACGUAUCUGCUUCCUUCCUCUGCAUCUUCCAGGAUCACGACUUCAAGUUCUCCAUAGCCUGGAGCAGCCAGUUGUCUUUGUUGGAACGUCAGUUGUCACCGGGACAGAUACAGGACCUGCACAGUGUUUAGUGGCUGUGGGUGAACAGGGCAGAGUGGUCCUGAUAAAAACUGAUAAGGGUGGACCAGAGAGAGGUGGCAUCGUGGCUGGUUUCACUGAGGGGUGUGUAUCGGGACCUGUGAAAUGUGUCUGUGUGGAUAAAAACUCUGUUUACUACAGCACCGGUUCAGACUUGUUCAAACUGAAUAUGUCAGAGGGAUCACCAGGGAGAGGGGAGAAAGAAGUGGACAAAGAGGCAUCAAGGCCAAUGGCUGCCACCUUCCAAAGUCCCAGCAGCUUAAAUGUGUGCAGAAUCAUCGCCUUGGCUGAGCCCACAUGCAACGCUGCAGGUGAAAUUCAACUGCUCGGGCUGUCUGUCAGAGGGCAGCUCCAGAGGAUUAGCUUACCUGUGAAAAGCCAGGAUGAAGCGUUGUCCAAGCUUCCUUCCUCACAUGUGGGCCAUAAUGUCAGGGACUUCCUGUCUGCCAUUGGCAAUGUUUGUGAAAGAGCAUCGGUUCUGGAAACAAUCAUCAAAUCCAAAAACCAAAUCCUCAGGAAGCUGAAUCAAGUGGUCCACAUCAGUUUCCUGCUGACAGCCUCUACAAAUACCGAAGAGCAUCAUCCAGUCCAGGAGAAACCAAUAAGAUGUCACGCCACCGCAAGCUGGAGCAGACUGCUUCAAAAAGACUCAUUAAAUCUUACCUGCAUCCUGGACAAUUCAAGUCCUUACAUCCUGGAACAAGGCUGGACACUCUGCGUUUCCGUCUCUCCUCUGUCCUACUCAUCAACCGCAGGAAAGGAAACCUCUUCUACAAAUUUUUCAUUUUCAUUCCACACUCUCUGUCCAAACGAAACGUUAGAAGUGACCCUGCCAGUCGCAGCUGCAGGUGAGACUUCCUUCCCUCUGACUAUAAACUGUUCACUCAUGUUCUCACUCUUAGCUCUUCUGGGAGAAGAAGAGCUUGCAGCUUUUCCUGACUUGCAGAGGAGUUGUUUUAGUUUGCCCUUAAACACUCUGACAGUGGACUGGUUGCACACCCUGCGCGUGAUCAGUCCCACACCUGCUCAUAGAAUGACCACAUCUCAAUCCAGUAGCUUCAUGGGAUCUGGGGUCCAAGCUUUUUUAAACUCCCACCAGUUCAGGUGCAGCAGAGGGACGGACAGAGGAGGAGAAAGUGCAUCAAAGCCUGAGAGCUAUUCUGCAAGUGUAUGUAUAUCAUCAGAGUUACUGAGGGAUACACUGAAGUCAAAAAGCUUUGAUUUUGACCACAAAGGGCCUGAGUUGGCCCAUCAACACCUCUGCUUCACUCUACUUGAUUGGCUGUUGUCUGGAGGUGCUGGAGGAGUUCAAAUGGCAAGAAAAGGAGAUGAGAUUGACUCCAGCAGCUCUGUGGUCCAUGCUCGUUGUCCAAAUGAAGCCACAGUUAAACUGACUGCAAAAGAGGUAAAUGUUGGCGAGGAGAGCCCAGGGAAAGAGAACUCCUUGAUGAGUAUUGAGGUUUACAUUGAGAGCUCAUCUAUAGCAGCAGUGUGUGGCCUGCAUCAUGCUUUGCUGUGCCGCAUGCAGACUUUGUUACAGAGGGCUACGGAGAGAACUGCUUCCACCAAAGGGGUCCAGAAUUUAGUUUUGAGCCGGGCGCUUCAACGGGCCAAGAUGCAGCAGAGUCAAAUCUCACAAGCCUUUAGUGUGGGCAUGUCCUCUGGGCAGGUGAACCGGUUUCUUGUUGGUGUUUACCAAGAACUCAGAGAGAAUCCUCUCCUCAUAAUUUAGCCUUGUUUGUCCUGCAUAAAAAAUAAUAACCAUUCAUGGUGCAUAAUUAUCUCCACUAUAAGUAUACUUUUACAUCACAAUGUAAAUAAUGUUUUAUAUAGACAGAAACUUUGAAGUGACUAUAAAGGACUUUAUUUGCAUAUAUAUUAGAAAUCAAUUACAUUAUUUCCAUGAGAAUAAACUAAGAUUUUCUGUAUUACUUUUGAACUCUGUCCACUUCAUAGUCAUUAUUGUGUGACUCAUUAACUUGUUACUCUUUGACUGUUGUACACUUAUACAGCUCUAAUGGAUUCAAAAUAAAUACAUUCACAGAGCAAAUUAACUGUUAUAUUAUGAACAAAAAGGCUUUCGGAUGCAAAAAGUGGUAAUUUUCUGUCAUAUUUUUCUAAUUUUAUGGCUACAUUCAAGUUUAAUUUUGUUUUCUACUUUUUUGUCAUUUGUCUGGAUCUUAUUUGUAGUUUUAAAGUCUUUGUAAUUCUAUGUGAUUUAGAGUAUCUAGUUUGUAUACAUUUUCAGUCUGUUUGGUUUAUUAUGUUUCUGCAUCUUUGUGUGUAUGUAAUAUUGAUUCAAACAUGCAUAAAGGUGUUUGAUGCCA